UUUUUUCAUUUCUUCUUUAUUAAAAUAUAAUCUUUUUUCAGACAAUUUCCAUUUCUAAACAUAGAUUGAAGGAAACCCACAUCACGAUUUCUCUGUUGUUCCAGACGUAUUCUUCUUUCCUUAACUGUUACAAAUCAGAAUUUGAACAACCAAAGACAACACAAAAGGGAAGUAUUCGAGGAAGAUGAACAUGGCGAAGGUUCUAAUUGCGUCUCCAAUCAGAUCUUGAGUGUGUUCUUCGAGAUUUUUCAUCUGGGUGUUUUCUUUAAUCCAGAGACCCUGAAUUGUCUACAUUAGAUCGGUCAUCAUCGAAAGAUCCGAUGUGUUCUUAUCGAACCCGAUAAUUACCCGACUGAUUGUUUCUUGAAAGUAAAGGUAAUUGCUUGUAAUCUUGUGUUAAAUUGAUCUGCAUUUUCGAUCGGUUUCUUGUUUCAAUAACUGGGCUAUGUUUGGAUGACAGUUAAAGACUGCAAAUUGUGAAAUAACUUUGCAGAAUUUGAGUUUGAUGUUUUAUUUUGGUGUAUAGAAGAUGCAAUCUGAUCUUGGCAAGUUAUUCAUUGGUGGGAUUUCGUGGGAUACAAAUGAAGAACGUUUACAUGAGUAUUUUAGUCGAUUUGGUGAGGUUUUGGAGUCUGUGAUAAUGAAAGAUCGAGCCACCGGUCGUGCUCGCGGUUUCGGUUUCAUAGUCUUUGCUGAUCCUGCUGUUGCUGAAAGAGUCAUCAAGGAGAAACACAACAUCGAUGGCAGAAUGGUUGAGGCGAAAAAGGCGGUUCCUAGGGACGACCAAACCACAGUGAGUAGAAACAGUAGUAGCUUAAGCGUUAAGGGUUCACCUGGUUUCGGUCAAACAAGAAAGAUAUUCGUAGGAGGUUUAGCAUCCGGAGUCACAGAGAGCGAUUUCAAGAGGUACUUUGAGCAAUUUGGAACAAUUUCAGAUGUUGUAGUGAUGUAUGAUCACAAUACAAAAAGGCCUAGAGGAUUUGGGUUCGUUACUUAUGAAUCAGAGGACUCAAUCGGUAAAGUUUUGUUGAAAACUUUUCACCAACUAGAUGGUAAAAUGGUUGAGGUCAAACGCGCGGUCCCAAAAGAGCUAUCACCUGGUCUUAGCCGAAGCCCGAUUAGUCCAUACCCUUAUGGUUUAAGUCAGGCUAGUAGCAUUCUUAACGGUUAUCCGAACCCAAUUGGUGGUUAUGAUGUUAGAAUGGAUAGAACUAGAAGUGGGCAUGCUACAUAUGGUUCGGGAUUUGGUAUGGGAUUGAAUUUUGAACCAACGACGAGUGGGAACUAUGGAAAUGGUGUUAAUUAUAACAACCCUUUAAGCUAUAGGGGAUUGAGCCCUUAUUAUGUAGGGAAUUCAAGUAGAUUUGCGAGUCCUGUUGGUUUUGAUGGUGGAGAUGGAGGUAAUCUCUCUCUUUUUAGUUCAAAUCCUCGGAAUCUGUGGGGUAAUGGCGGGAUUAGUUCAGUAGGAUCUGGAAGUGGGGUUAUCGGAGGGAGGCUAUUAGGGAAUGCUGCCCUUAAUUUGGGCGGCAUUUCUCCUGUUUCGCCUCAAGAUGGUGGUGGUGCUGCACAGAGCGGAAAUCUUGGUGGUUUGGGAGGUGGAGAGUAUGGAAGAAACACGAGUGGUCGUGGAUCAUAUGAAGUGGCUAACGGAGGUUAUGAUGUGCCUUCUUCAGACUUUUAUGGUUGCUCUGUGUAUGGUGGAGACCCAACCUGGCCCUCGGAGCAAGAGGGGUCUGGUCCUUUUGGUGUAUAUGGGCUAGCCGGUACAGGCUUGGAUGGCCAGAUGAAAAGCUCCCAUGGUUAUGUUGGUGGUUAUGGGGUUACCAAGAGACACCCAAACUCGGGAAUCAAUGGCUAGUAGGCAAUACAGAAUUUGUGUAUCGAAUCACAUGUGAAUUUUGCAUACUACACUUCAUUUCUCUGAAAAAAGUUCUGAAGAAAAGGUUAGAUAUCUCCUCCAGAGCUAAGUAGAUUGUUUCUAUAGAGGUAGAAGGUUCAAAGUGAACCUUUUUAUGUGUGAAUUUUGAGUUGCUUCAUGUUUUUUGAGUGACAUGUAAAACUAGUUUUCAGCAUAUAGCAAGAAACUUCACUUUUGCUUCUUGUUUUAGCAAAACUGCAAAGUUGCAGGUUGUGGUCUUUAUGAUUAGCUUUUGAUUGGAUUGUUGUCGAUUUUACAAGUGUGAAACAUUUGAAGGAUACCCGUCAAGGGUCUUCGUGAAUA